GUCCAUGACUCUGUGCGAUAGAGGCCUGCCUCGCCUUUUCUCUCGCACCUAUUCUGUACAGACAUCCUUCGUUUUUACAUGAAAAAGUCGUUUUUUUUUAGGGCCUAGAUGAGGCAGAGAAGAAUAGAAAUAGCUUUGUAUCUCUAUUUAUUUACUGAUUAAUCACCCACUCCCCGGUUAUUGCAUCAAGGCCCUGCCCCUCUGAUUCCCGACCGGCUUCCUGUGUUUGUGCGGUUCUCACUGGCCAGGGAGCGAGGAGGAGCAGAACUGGGAGUUGAGCGAGCGAAGGGCCGAGCUGCCACCUCAACAUGGAGUAGCCUAGUGUCCUCGACAACAGUAGCGGACCACAAAGAGGAAUACUCGAGGGGUUAUUUUUCUACAAGGAUGCGCCGCAAAUGAUACCACAUCAAAGAUUCCACAACGCGAAGGAAGGAUCGGUUUAUAUUUAAAAGAUGGCGAACGACUCUCCGGCUAAAAGUCUGGUCGAAAUAGACCUGGCUUCAUUGCGGGAUCCAGCAGGGAUUUUUGAAUUGGUGGAAGUGGUCGGAAAUGGCACCUAUGGACAAGUAUACAAGGGGAGACAUGUCAAAACUGGACAGCUGGCCGCCAUCAAGGUCAUGGACGUCACCGAGGACGAGGAGGAGGAAAUCAAACUGGAGAUCAAUAUGCUCAAGAAGUAUUCCCACCACAGGAACAUUGCCACAUACUACGGUGCUUUUAUCAAGAAGAGUCCCCCAGGGCAUGAUGACCAACUGUGGUUGGUGAUGGAGUUCUGUGGGGCAGGCUCCAUCACAGACCUGGUGAAGAACACUAAAGGCAACCAGCUCAAGGAGGACUGGAUCGCCUACAUCUCGAGAGAAAUCCUCCGGGGACUGGCCCACCUGCACGCCCACCACGUCAUCCACCGUGACAUCAAGGGACAGAACGUCCUGCUCACAGAGAACGCCGAGGUCAAGCUUGUGGACUUUGGCGUGAGUGCCCAGUUGGACCGGACGGUGGGGAGGAGGAACACAUUCAUCGGGACACCCUAUUGGAUGGCGCCCGAGGUCAUCGCCUGUGACGAGAACCCUGAGGCCACCUACGAUUACAGAAGUGACUUAUGGUCCACUGGAAUCACUGCCAUUGAAAUGGCCGAAGGAGCUCCUCCGCUGUGCGACAUGCAUCCGAUGCGAGCACUCUUCCUCAUCCCAAGGAACCCUCCCCCGCGACUCAAGUCUAAGAAGUGGUCGAAGAAGUUUUGCAGCUUCAUCGAGGGCUCCCUGGUGAAGAACUACAACCAGCGCCCCCCCACCGAGCAGCUGCUGAAGCACCCCUUCAUCAGGGACCAGCCAAACGAGAGGCAGGUCCGCAUCCAGCUCAAAGACCACAUCGACCGCACCAAGAAGAAGAGGGGGGAGAAAGAUGAGACUGAAUAUGAGUACAGCGGGAGUGAGGAGGAAGAGGAGGAUGCUGGAGAGCAAGAAGGAGAGCCUAGCUCCAUAGUGAACAUGCCGGGUGAGUCGACGCUGCGUAAGGACUUCAUCCGGCUGCAGCAGGAGAACAAGGAGCGCUCGGAGGCGCUGCGCCGACAGCAGCUCCUGCAGGAACAGCAGCUCCGUGAGCAGGAGGAGUACAAGCGCCAACUACUGGCCGAGAGGCAGAAACGCAUUGAGCAACAGAAGGAGCAGAGGAGGCGGCUGGAGGAGCAACAGCGGCGCGAGCGCGAGAUGAGGAGGCAGCAGGAGCGUGAGCAGCGCCGCCGCGAGCAGGAGGAGAAGAGGCGCAUGGAGGAGAUGGAACGACGACGGAAAGAGGACGACGAGCGCCGGAGGGCGGAGGAGGAGAAAAGGAGGAGCGACCGUGAGCAGGAGUACAUUCGUCGGCAGCUGGAAGAGGAGCAGAGGCACCUGGAGAUCCUGCAGCAGCAGCUGCUCCAUGAACAGGCCAUGCUCCUGCCGCGCACUCUGCAUCAGGAGUUCAAGUGGCGUGAGCUGGAGGAGCAGCGGAAGGCAGAGCGUCUCCACAAGCGUCUGCAGCAGGAGCAGGCCUAUCUGCUGUCCCUCCAGCACGACAAUAAACCACCGCAGCCCUGCGAAAAGACUGAAGACCCCAAGAGAAUGUCCCCUCACAGUACUAACAAAGCCCCUCCGACAACGUCCCCAGGCCCCGUGGGCGAUAGAGCCCCAGCUCCACAACCCCAUUUCCUCAACAAUGUUAAUGCUAUUGCUUCACGGAGAACGUCCUGCGAUAACACUAGGUCCCCACAAACCCACUUCCUGGACAACGUCACUGCUAAUGCCCCACGGAGAAUGUCCUCGGAUACCACAAAGUCCCCACAAACCACGUCCCGGGAUAACACUACCAAGACCCCUCAGAAACUGACCCCAAACAGUGUUGAUGAAGACUCAGAAAAUACUCCCUCUGACAAUAGCGAUGCCCUAGCCACCCAGUCCACAGACGUUACUAAACCCUCACAGACCGGGGGCUUUGACGGCCCCAAGUCCCCACAGACCGACCGCUCGGAGCCUAGCGACGCUCUCGGUGAUCCUCAGCCAAUCAGAGAGGCCGACGAGCGCUUCCGAAAGAACAUUCAGGGCUCCCCUCAGACCGCCCCACCCACCAAGCAGCCCCCCGUGCCCCCCCGCUCCGAACCCUUCUCUAACGGCAGCUCCUCCUCCGAGUCUGUCCCGCCUGCCAUGCACCGACCCAUGGAACCACAGGUCCAGUGGUCCCACCUGGCCGCUCUUAAGAGCAGCAGCGCCGCCCCGCCCCCCGUCGUGUCUCGCUCCCAUUCCUUCAGUGAACCCGCGGUUCCUAGUUUUGCACAUCUCCAUCUGCGCUCCCAGGAGCCCCACAACCACCACCUUCACCCCUCUGCUGCUGCACGCACUGACCCCCAGCCCCGCAGCGAUGAGGUGCCCCCCAGGGUUCCAGUGAGGACAACGUCCAGGUCCCCUGUGUUGUCACGCAGAGACUCUCCUCUCCAGGCCUCUGCCCCGCCUAGCAACCAGGCAGUACAGAGGAGCGCCGGCAGUAAUGCGGAGCCACGUCUGCUGUGGGACCGAGUGGAGAAGCUGGUUCCCAGGCCCGGCAGUGGCAGUUCCUCUGGCUCCUCCAACUCCAGCUCCCAGGCCGGCUCUGGGGAGAGGUUCAGAGCACGCUCAUCGUCUAAGUCUGAGGGCUCCCCACUGCAACGCCCCGACAACGCUGCCAAGAAGCCUGACGACAAGAAGGACUUUGCCCGACCCAACCGGCCAGCCGGUGAAGUGGACCUGACGGCCCUGGCCAAAGAGCUGCGGGCAGUGGAGGAUGUGCGGCCCCCCCACAAGGUGACAGACUACUCCUCCUCCAGCGAGGAGUCGGGCACCACCGACGAAGACGACGAUGAAGAAGUGGACCAGGACGCCGCAGAUGAGUCCACCUCGGGAGCAGAGGAUACCAGGGCCGGGAGAGGUCUGAGUAACGGAGAGACUGCAUCCCUGAAGACCUUACUGGCCCACGACGACUCCGAGAACGACCUCACCACACCCUCCAAGGAUGGCACCUUGGUCAUCAGACAGAGCGCGGGCGACAUAAAGCGCCCGGCGGUCAAUGUCUCUUCAUCCUCCUCCGGUCCCAGUGUGGCUCCCGGUCAAGCCGUUCAAGCACAUCCUCCUCCCGGUCCCGGUAACGGUCACCAGGAGAAAAACGGCUUUGCCGGCCGCAUUCACCUGCUGCCAGACCUUAUUCAGCAGAGCCACCACUCCCCCACCUCCGCCUCCUCCACCUCUUCUUCCAUCUCCAUCUCCCCCUCCUCCAGCCAUGUCAGCCCAGCCAUGUCCCCCCAGACCCCCCUGGACAAGCUCACUGCCAUCGAGACCCACUCGGCCAGCAACACCAUGCAGAAACACAAGUCUUCCUCCUCCUUCACCCCCUUCAUCGACCCGCGCCUCCUGCAGGUCUCUCCCUCCAGCGGCAGCUCCCUCAACAACAUGGCGGCCUUCGGGAACGACGGGCGGCUGGUGGACGCCCUGAGGGCUGACCCGUCCCGUAAGGGCUCCGUGGUCAAUGUGAACCCGGUCAACACACGCCCCCAGAGCGACACGCCCGAGAUCCGCAAGUACAAGAAGAGGUUCAACUCUGAGAUCCUGUGUGCUGCACUAUGGGGUGUCAACCUGCUGGUGGGGACAGAGAGUGGUCUGAUGCUGCUGGACCGUAGCGGUCAGGGGAAGGUCUACCCCCUCAUCAGCCGACGGCGCAUCCAGCAGAUGGACGUCCUGGAGGGACUCAACGUCCUGGUCACUAUAUCAGGGAAGAAGAAUAAGUUGCGUGUGUACUACCUGUCCUGGCUGAGGAACAAGAUACUCCACAACGACCCCGAGGUGGAGAAGAAGCAGGGCUGGGUCACUGUAGGAGAGCUGGAGGGCUGCGUACACUACAAAGUCGUGAAAUAUGAGAGGAUCAAGUUCUUGGUCCUUGCCUUGAAGAACUCCGUGGAGGUCUAUGCGUGGGCCCCCAAGCCGUACCACAAGUUCAUGGCCUUCAAGUCGUUUGGUGACCUGGUGCACAAACCCCUGCUGGUUGACCUGACUGUGGAGGAGGGUCAGAGGUUAAAGGUAAUCUACGGCUCCAGCAACGGCUUCCAUGCCGUGGACGUGGACUCUGGGGCGGUGUACGACAUCUACCUGCCCACACACAUCCAGACCAAUAUCCAGUCCCAUGCCAUCAUCAUCCUGCCCAACACGGAUGGUAUUGAGCUGCUGGUGUGUUACGAGGACGAGGGUGUCUACGUUAACACCUACGGACGCAUCACCAAAGACGUGGUGUUGCAGUGGGGCGAGAUGCCCACCUCAGUGGCCUACAUUAGGUCUAACCAGAUCAUGGGCUGGGGGGAGAAGGCCAUAGAGAUCAGGUCUGUGGAGACAGGACACCUGGACGGGGUCUUCAUGCACAAGAGAGCCCAGAGACUCAAGUUCCUGUGUGAGAGGAACGACAAGGUGUUCUUUGCGUCGGUGCGCUCUGGAGGUUCCAGCCAGGUCUACUUCAUGACCCUGGGCCGUACCUCCCUGCUUAGCUGGUAGUGUACACACACACACCCAGCAGCAUGAAGACCGCACCCCUCGGUUUAUUACCACCAUAGUGAUGACUCAUGACAAUGAUUUAUCAUGAACUUGACGUACAACUGGAGUACUGAGCUCUGAGGCGGCGCGAUACAUAAAUAUCACCUGUUUCAAAUAAGAAAAGACAAUUGCACGAUAAACGGACUGAAAUCAUGAAGGGGAGGCCACGGGGUCUCUAUAGGCUGAUGGGACUGUGUGUGUUUGUCAGUUGGUAGUGCUGUCAUCAUGCCCAUUGGCUACUCUGCUCUGACAAGACGUCAUCAGCUUUUCUGGGUUCUCGCCCCCAAACCCUACUAGAGCCUCCCCUUACCUCCUACACCAGUGGGAGUAGGGAUCUGAGCCCGACUUAUUCAAAACACUGGUAGAUGUUAAUGUCUCUCUAUUGGAAGAAGAGUGAGGGGCUUAUGUGUGUGUGACAGAGGAUGGAAAGGGAGGAAAAUAACAAAGGGGACCUUAUAGCACCAGACAGGUGAAAGGUCAUACAGUAGUUUGUUAUUGUGUUUAGUCCAGGUCAUGUUCAGGUCAACCUCUUGUGUUGAGUUUCUUAGAUCAGUUCCUCGGACUGACAUGCCGUUGCCACCACAUGGGUACAUUUUCAAAUGGGUCGUGCUUGACGUUGAAAAUGUAACUUUUGUCUCUCUUUCACUCCGGCCUUCCUCUUGAUAAAGGUUCAAACAGGGUUAAAGUGUGGAGAGAAGUUUCAUCAAAGAUGUCGACUUAACCCUUAAUAGGACACUGCAACCUUAUAGGGGCCUUUCCAGUCCCAUAUACUCCUGAGGGUCUUUUCCAGCCAACCCUCAACUUUAACGUGCCACAUUGCCUCUCCUUGGUCGUGUUGGGCAAACUGUGAAUGGGUUGAUAUGUACAGUAGACUCUAGAGAACGGUCUUGGUCAUGAGUUGUGACUUUGACCCACCAUUUGGUAGCAUGAUGACCAGGAUAUUCAAUGGAACAAGUGUCAAGAUUAAAUAUACCGUAAGGAUUUGUAGAUGAAGCACUAAAAUCCACAACAUAUCCAAAUGUAUCAGCAACCACAGCUUUCGAUUGGUUUGUUUUUCAUUUUAAUGGGCCCCUCCACUGAAUUCAGGUUUACGGUUGUGGCUACUUGUACAAUCUGUUGUGACAAAUGCUUUAGGUUUUGCUCAGAAGUCCUACAGGAAAUGUAUCAAAAUCGGACAUUUUGAGUGCGAUUGAAUUAUUAAAUGUAAAAACUAUUAUAAAGCAGCAUGGUCCCCAUUUUGAUACGUUUGUGAAAUCGUUGUAAUUCAAUGUUGGACUAUUUUAAUACCAACAGACUAACAUAGUCGGGUAGCUUCACCCCCUCAGCUUGUCUGCAUUAUUUUAGUAUCUUGACUCUGAGGGCAGAAGGGGACAUUUUUGUUUUGUACAGUCUGUCCCAGUCCAGGCAGUAGUAUGCUAUGGAUUAAAGCAACACGACAACAACCUGGAAGCUUUUCCAAACCCCAGCAGCUCCUGGUGUUAUUUCAUUUGUUUUCCUCUCGCCUCUUGAUCCAACUAGUGAAAAAUCGGACGGCACUUGUUUGUCCUAAUGUUUCCUGGUUAGCCUGGGUACCAGUCUGAAGCAGCAGCAAGGAGCUCCACUGUCCUGGUCUUCUGACAUAGACUGGCACCACAGUUAGAUUGUUUGUAUGAACACAAGUUUUUAAAAAGAAUGGAAAUCAUAAUGUCUCUAGGGUUACAUGUCCCUCCAAAGCUUGACUCUCUUACAGUGGACUGUCACAUCCUCUAAAGAGGCCUGUGAGAAUAUAGAAAUGAGAUGCUUUUUUUCCUCUGCAAAUCUGUGAAACGCGGUGCCAUGCCAAGAUGGCACAAGUCACACAUUUUAACAGUGUUACAAACCACUACAGAAAGUAUCGAUAAAAUUUUUAACUCCUAGAUUUAGUUUGUUUCUGUCAUUUUUAUUACCCUUAUAAUUAUGCGACUGCAGUGGUUUUUAAAAAUGAAUGCACACAUUUAUGUUGAAAGUGUUUACAGAGGCAAUGUUUUGUUAAACCAAUGUGCAUCAAUAUAAAUAUUUAUGUUUUAUUUUAGGGCAAUUCUCCCUUUUUUAUUUUUAGCUUUUGUAUCAUUUGGAGGUUCAUGUACAGGAAUGACCCUCGACCUCUGUUCAUUCACUUUUCAAAAAUGACAAGAUUCUGAGUUUAAAUCACUGAUUUUCCUGGAUAACACAGCAGUGUGCCCUUGGCUGUGGCAACGUUGUGACAUGGUUCUCUGCUGCCCAGGUGCCAGGUGACAAGUGUUUCUACCAUGCUACUCUAAUUUAUGCCCUCUGUGUAUUAUGGGAAUUAUUGUAUUUUCCUCAAGGUCUUUUUUUCCAUUGAAUAAAAUCCUAAGUAAUUUACUAAAUUGUGUGAGGUAGUUUUGGAACCCUUUAACAUAAAGCAUUCAGUCUUCUCUAUUGUGUGAAAUAAAUGUGGGGCUGUAAACAAA